CUGCCUGGCCUCGCGAUUGGUUCCCUUCGCGACCGUAGCGCGACCCAGCGACCCUCCGGCCGCUUCAGCCACCAUGCCGCGCUCAUUUCUUGUCAGGAAGCCCUCCGACCCCCGUCGGAAGCCCAAUUAUAGCGAGCUGCAAGACUCUAAUCCAGAGUUUACCUUCCAGCAGCCUUACGACCAGGCCCACCUGCUGGCAGCCAUCCCACCUCCGGAGAUCCUCAACCCCACAGCUUCACUGCCCAUGCUCAUCUGGGACUCUCUCCUGGCACCCCAAGUGCAGCCAAUUGGGUGGGCCUCCUUCCGCCCCCAGGAGAGCCCCAAGGUGGCAGAGCUGACCUCACUGUCGGAUGAGGACAGUGGGAAAGGCUCCCAACCCCCCAGCCCACCCUCUCCAGCUCCAUCAUCCUUCUCCUCCACUUCAGCCUCUUCCCUGGAGGCCGAAGCCUACGCGACCUUCCCCGGCUUGGGCCAAGUGCCCAAGCAGCUGGUCCAGCUCUCUGAGGCCAAAGACCCCCAGUCCCGAAAGGCUUUCAACUGCAAAUACUGCAACAAGGAAUACCUCAGCCUGGGUGCCCUCAAGAUGCACAUCCGAAGCCACACACUGCCCUGCGUGUGCGCAACCUGCGGGAAGGCCUUCUCCAGGCCCUGGCUGUUGCAGGGCCAUGUCCGAACCCAUACUGGUGAGAAACCCUUCUCCUGCCCCCACUGCAGCCGUGCCUUUGCUGACCGCUCAAACCUGCGGGCGCACCUCCAGACUCAUUCGGACGUCAAGAAGUACCAGUGCCAGGCGUGUGCACGAACCUUCUCCCGCAUGUCCCUGCUCCAUAAGCACCAAGAGUCAGGCUGCUCAGGGGGCCCCCGCUGA